GCAAACCAGGUCUCUGCUUUUUUUGGCUUCAAUCUGCCAUGUCCAGAAACCUUCUCUCCCGCAUCAAGCCUCUUCACAACCCAAAACGAAAAUCCCCUUCUUCAAUUCCUUCAACUCCCCAGCUCAAAAAUCUCGUCAAUGAAACCGUUGAAAUCCUCAAAACCGAUCGAAAAUGGCCAGAAUCUCUCGAGAUUCGUUUCUAUGAUGAGGAAACCGGCGUUUCAGAGAUUGCCCACUUUGUGCUUGAUCGACUGUAUGACGUUGAAUUGGGUGUCAAGUUCUUUGAUUGGGUCUCCGGACAACACCGAAAAAGUUUGGCUGUUAAUAGACUUGCAUAUUCUUCUUUCUUGAGACUCUUAGCGAGGUUUAAGGUGUUUCCGGAGAUUGAAGUUGUGUUAGAGAACAUGAAAAUGGAAGAUAUAAAGCCUACUCAGGAAGCUUUGAGCUUUGUUAUUCGCGUGUAUGCAGAUUCUGGUUUGGUUAAUAAAGCUGUUGAAUUGUACCAUUUCAUGGUUAAGAUUCAGAAUUGUGUGCCUGAUGUAUUUGCCUGUAAUUCUUUGCUCCAUGCGUUAGUGAAAUGUUGGCGGGUUGAUGUUGCACGUAACUUGUUCGACGAAAUGAUUAAGAGAGAUGGUUUUGAUAAUUAUAGUGUUUGCAUAAUGAUGAGGGGUUUGUGUAGAGAAGGGAAGGUUGAGGAGGGUAAGAAGCUGAUUGAGGAUAGAUGGGGAGAGGGGUGCGUGCCAAAUAUUCUGUUCUACAACACACUCAUUGAUGGGUAUUCCAAGAAAGGCGACAUUGAGAAUGCUACUAAGCUUUUUAAGGAGCUUAAAAUGAUGGGAUUUUUGCCUACAUUGGAGACAUAUGGAGCUAUGAUAAAUGGGUUUUGUAAGAAAGGGAAGUUUGAGGCAGUUGAUAAGCUUUUGUUGGAAAUGAGAGAGAGGGGUUUGGGUGUUAAUGUUCAAGUUUAUAAUAAUAUCAUUGAUGCUCGAUAUAGGCAUGCUUUUAAAGUUCCAGCUAUGGAGACUAUAAUGUGGAUGACCAAGAGUGGUUGUGAACCUGAUAUUGUUACCUAUAACACUUUAAUAUGUGGUUCUUGUAGAGAAGGAAAGAAUCAGGAGGCUGAUCAACUUCUGGAAGAGGCAAUAAUAAGGGGAUUGAAGCCGAAUAAAUUCAGUUACACUCCUCUCAUACAUGUCUACUGCAGACAAGGAAAUUUAAUAAGGGCCUCAGAUUUGCUUAUUGAGAUGACAGAAAGAGGGCAUAAACCUGAUUUAAUUGCUUAUGGAGCUCUUCUCCAUGGAUUUAUAUCUAAAGGAGAAGUGGAUGCUGCAUUGAAAAUGAAAGACAAAAUGAUUGAAAGAGGAAUGUUGCCUGAUGCUGCUAUAUAUAAUGUUUUGAUGAAUGGACUUUGCAAGAAAGGGAGAUUUCCUGCUGCUAAGGUCCUUCUCGCUGAGAUGCUAGACCAAAAUGUACAACCUGAUGCAUAUGUUUAUGCCACUCUAGUAGAUGGGUUCAUCAGGAAUGGUGACCUUGAGGAGGCAAAAAAAUUCUUUCAAGUCAUGAUUGAAGAAGAUAUGGAUCCUGGCAACGUGGGAUACAAUGCCAUGAUUAAGGGUUUCUGCAAAUUUGGUAAAAUGAAGGAUGCUCUUUUAUGUGUCAAUAGAAUGAUAGAAGGGCAUCUCUACCCAGAUGAUUUCACUUAUUCUACAAUUAUAGAUGGGUAUGUAAAGCAGCAAAAUAUCAAUGGUGCACUAACAAUAUUGGGGCAGAUGGUCAAACGAAAAUGCCAGCCAAAUGUGGUGACUUACACCUCUCUUAUUAAUGGAUUUUGCCGUGGAGGAGAGUCCAGUAGGGCUGAAAAGGCUUUUAAGACAAUGCAGACCAGUGGUUUGGAACCUAAUGUAGUCACUUACACUAUAUUAAUUGGGAGCUUUUGCAAGGAAGGUAAACUUUCAAAAGCAGCAUCCUUUUUUGAGUUGAUGCUAACUAAAAAUUGCAUUCCCAAUGAUGCUACUUUCAAUUACUUGGUAAAUGGAUUCACAAAUAGUGACCCAAGUGCAAUAUCUCUACAUAAAGGGAAAUCUUUGUUUCUGGAAUCUUUCAGCCUGAUGAUUUCUGAUGGAUGGUCUCAAACAGCUGCUGCUUAUAACUCUAUCUUGAUCUGCCUUUGCCAAACUGGAAUGGUGAAAAUUGCUUUCCAGUUGCAGGAUAAGAUAAUGAGUAAAGGUUUCAUUCUAGAUCCUGUCUCUUUUGCUGCCUUGCUACAUGGUGUUUGCUUAGAGGGAAGAUCAAAAGCAUGGAGGAAUAUCUUUUCCAACAAUUUCAAUGAACAAGAACUUCAAACUGCUUUGAAGUACUUGGAGAUUAUACACAAGCACCUGCGUCAAGGAGUAAUUUCUGAGGCAUCAAUUAUUUUGCAGAGCUUGAUUGAUGAUUGCACGUCCCUAAACCAAAAAGAGGACAAUCUCAAAGUCUCAGCAAAAUAGAGUGAGGGAUUUUCCAAGUAAAAUACCCCAUCUGGGCUCAACAAGAAAGAAGAGGAUCAUCUUUUGUGGGCUUCAUCAGGGAAUUAAUGAAUUUAUGAAAUGACAAAGGAAUGGGGGUUUAACUGCUGACUUCUUUAUAUCUCAACCGAUUAGUUUUGAUGAGUCUGUGGAGAAGUGUUUGAGAAACAUAAUACCUUCUACAUAUUCCCUGGUUUAAUUUCAUCUUCAUAGAAGGUUGGACAAUAAAAAGGAUCAGAGAUGGCUGCCUCUGAUUAUGGUCAAAUUUCACUCUAUGCCAAUUUUUCAGUCAGUUGAAUGCCGUUAAAGUGUAUCUAUGUACACAUCAGCUAUAAUUUAAUUGUAUCAAAUCCAUGAGCUAUCGCGCACAGCAACAAGAAACUAAAGCACGAGUGACUCUGCUUUGGAGAACAUUGAAGUAGUUGCCUGCUCUUCUUCAUCAGAGUUCUUGGAAUUCAAUGCGUCUAACUGCAAGGACAACUUAAACUCUUAAAGAACCCCAAUAACCUGAGAAAUGAACUGGUUAGGUGUCUCUUGUUUUCUAACUUAUUUCAAUAAAUUGCUUUGCCUUCUGGUUCUUUUCCUUAGAAAAUUGAAGUUCUUGGUUUAGCCAAAGUUUUGAGUUGUGGAACCUGAGACUUCGGAAGAAAUCCAUUCUCAGUGA